AGGCAAUCAUCGUUACAGUAGAGCGUUUUUAUCCUACUUCCAGUAUUCAUCUCAUGAUUCUUAUCCCCGUAACUGUCCAACAAGGUGUCUUUCUUGUCAUUCCGUCUCUACGGGCUGCAUAUUUAAAUGUAUACGACGUUCACUGGAAUGGCUCCGGCUGCUGAUUCUAAAUCGAGUGCUCCCUCAUCUCCGCAAGCUCCGCAACAUCCUAAACCUCGACCUAAGCGGAGUCAAGUGGCCCGCGCUUGUGAUUGGUGUCGAGUUCAUCGCAUAAAAUGCGAUAACCACCUCCCUUGUUCUAAUUGCAAAAGAAGAGGCGGACGAUGUAUUCAAGGGGAAGUAGAAGUUCGCACACUUCCUCAUGCUUAUAGGAAAAUUGAACAUCUAGAGAACCGGGUAAAGGAAUUGGAGCAGGAAUUGGAAAAUGAGCGCAAGGCAUCGAGGUCGGGUGUCAGUCUCGACACACCUCUCACUACACCAUCAAGUGUGACGUCAUCCGCACAUUCCGACACUGCGAGUGUCAGCGCCUCGGAUUCUUUGAGCGAUCAUGGAAGUGGUUCAGAAAGAAAAACAUUAUGUGAAGGGGUACACAUUCGUUCCGCACGUUCUCAGCAGGAAACAUGGUAUGGGCCAUCGUCGUUAUUCUAUUUCCUUAGGCGCGUGAAUACCUUUAUGAAUACUUCCCUUCGCGAAACCCGACCGAUCAAUCGCAUGCUUCCGGACUCAGCCAACAAGUUAUUUGAUGUGCCGUCGCAAAAUACUCCAAAAGAGCAGAGCCCUCGAGCGACCCCAUCAGCAGGAGGGGAUGGUGUAACAAUGGGUGAUUACUUAACUCCGACGCAGGAAGAAUAUUUCAUCAGUCGCUUUUGGGAAACCUACCAUACUGCUCUCCCGGUUUUGGAUGAGGUCGCGUUCAAAGAGCAUUAUCAAUCACUAUGGACUACGUCGAAUAAAGAACGGAAACCCUCGGCACUUGUUGACAUAGUUAUCGCGAUAUGCAUGCAGUAUGCUAUGGCGCUCCAGCCUGGCGCCGGACACGCAGGCAAUGGAGACAAUGAGAACACUAUCGCUGGUCGAUGGCAUUAUCAGCGCUGCCAAAGAUUGCUAUCGAACGAGUUGGAAAACCCUACCUUGUCGACACUACAAUGUCACAUUUUAUCUACCUCAUUUUUAUGCUUUGGGUCUUUUCAGAAUAUGGCGGAUAGUACAUGCACACUUGCAGUUCGUACUGCGUUCAUGCUUGGCCUUCAUUUAGAGCCACCCGAGGAUAUGCCUAAACGAGAAAGGGAAAUGAGGAAACGCCUUUGGUGGGGUCUUUACGUCCUGGAUAGCAAGAUUAGCAUGAAGUUAGGCCGACCGUUCCUAUUGGACUACUCCGAUGCGACAUGUAGUCUUCCGGGCCACGACUUCGAAGCUGCGAUGCUAUCGGGUUCUGUGUUCCCUCCGCUUGGAGAAGACGUCACCUGGCUAACCUUCAACUUCGAAAACAUCAAACUUUUCAAAGCGGUUAGAGCAGCCUACACGGCGUUCUACAGGAGGCAGAUCAACACCCCCAGUGCAUCCGGCGAACAAGAGAAUUCCAAGAUCAUCGAAUCGCACGCGGAAUUCCUAGCACCUUACAUCGAGCGAAUAGAAGACUGGGUGAAAAACGUCCCGAGCGCCCUCGAGACCCGCCGUAUCGGCAACGGAACCCCAUUUUCCACCGAGUUUACAUCCCUCGAAAUCGAACCCUUCGCAUCGCCCUGGUUACAGCGUCAACGUCUGGUACUGGAACUCAUGUAUCACAACCUCUGCAUCAACCUCUUCCGCCCCUUCAUCCGCUUCACCCCCUCCACAACCCCGACCCCAACCGCAGAUAAAGCAGCCACGCGAUGCGCCGCGCACGCCGUAGCGCUCACGAGGAUAAUGCACCAAGUACUUUCUUCAACUACUAUUCUUAGUGGCUGGCUCGAGGCGUUUCAAUGGCAGUGGAAUGCGGCUAUGUCCCUCGUCGGGUUCGCUAUUGCGUACCCGCGUCACCCCGAAGCUACCGCCGCGCGUGAUGCGAUUGAUUUAUCCGUUGCUGUAUUCGGCAUCUGUGGGCGUAGUUUUGCGCCGGCGGCUAGCGCGGCGGGGAUCGCGAGGGAUUUGGGCGCACAGGCGGAUAUACUAGCUAAACAAGCUGAAGCGCGGGAAUUGGUGUCGAAGACUGAUAGAUCUGUGAAAUCUGAGAGUACGCUACCCGAUGCCCCCGGAAGCGGGAAUUUAGGGGCCGAGGUCGGUGGGGCGUUCGUCGGGAACGAUGGGAUUGUGCCCGGGGCUUGGGGUGGCGGCGGCGAGGAUGAAGGUAUGCAGGAUUUUCUUGCCGAGUCGAUUGAUAUGGCGUUUUCGGUUGAUUCGCAGGAUUUCGGGAUGGCGCUUUGGCCUGGUGUGGAUGUGAAUAUGAUGAACAUGAAUAUGAGUAAUGACCCGCAAUGGGGGGGUUACUGGCCGCAGCAGGUGUGACGUCUUGAGGGCGUAUUUACGUGGGAUAUUCUUAUCUCUGGUUUUCGUCGAUACGUACGAAACAUAGCGGGUGACGCGGGUUUUAAGUCAUGAUGGGAGCAUGAGGUGGUGUUGUUGGUGAUGCAUGUUAGGCUUAACUCCUUGCUUUAUACGUGUGUUGUUGCAUUGGUCACCCCUUGCUUGAGUAACAUUUUUUUCUAGGCGUUAGGGAUUUUCACAAAAGUCAUCAUUUUAAAGUUAUUACUACAUAUAUAUAACCCGUCUAACUCGAAUUUACUAGUUCUACCGUUGGUGAGAUCGUAGUUAGUCUAUUAGAUGCUAUCUAACUACUUGGGUUGAUUGAUCG